UGUGUCCAUGGCGACGGGUCAUGAUUGUCACGUGACACACCGCAACAACAAUAAUGUAUGCUAUUCAGGCCGGGGCGUCGCACCCGUGGGGGAUGUGGGUGUUUUGACACCCACACUUUUCCCGGUGAGAGGGUUCAACACCCACACUUUUUAUGCAGUUUUGCAAGAACACCUUAUUAAAGUCGCUCCUCCGUUUCUCUGGCCGCUCUCUGUCUGCUGCGCUGCGCUGCAUUCUCUCCCCCUCCCCUCUCAAACAUGACGCAGGCUUUGAGUGUUACCGGCUGAUGAUUGGCUGUUCUGCCUUAAGUCCCGCCUCUCUUGGUGUGUAGAUUGAUCGGUCAGCUCGCGCUGAGGAGGCGGGAACUUAUGUUUAUUUACAUCUCCCUUUUUCAGCAUAAAUAAGAUACAGAAAAGAAGGAGGCAGGAGAAGAUUGACAGUUUUCAAGAGAAAUCCUGAGAUGAGGUUGCUGGAGGCAUCAGUUUAAAGAGAGAGAGAGGCACAGAAAUUUUCACAGGCCUUCAACUGAAACAGAUAAUCACUGGAGUCCAUUCCCGACUCCCGAGCGACCACAUUCAACAUAACAAGUGCACAUUUUUUGUUUGGAAAAAAGCUCACAGAAACUAAAACCAGAUGUAUGCAGCUUUGCCAGGCGUGCAGCACCAGCGUAAACCAGCUAAGACCACUCGUCUAAGCUUUCAGUCUGGUAAAGCUGGAUUUUCGAUCUGAACAGCUAAAAGUGGACUCUAAAAACCUCCCUAAAACCAGCCUGCUACACCAGCUAAAACCAAACUGGGAGACCAGAUCAACUAGGUUAGGUCCACGUGCUCGUCUCCACUCAAACCUUUGCAGAGAAAUGAAACAGUGACUGCAUGUUUGAUCUACAGUCGCCACCUAGUGGUGAUAAAAAUGAAUAGCAUUAACAGAAAGUAUGAUUUCAACAUGUUUUUGGUGGUAUGGUACAGUGCUUUAUAUAGAUUAAUGGUAUAUGGUACAGUCUACUUUAGCUUAAAGGUAAAUUUAACAGUGAAUGAAGAUAAUUUUUAAACUGUGUUUAGAUGUUGUUCAAUAAAGUUCAGAGUAUCAGUGAAGCAAGUUUGAGAGAUUUCUACAUAAAAUCUAUAAUGUUAAAAAUAUAAUCUUGAUAUCUUUAAUAAGGUAACAUUUUUAAAUAAGGUCUAUCUCUAUUUACAGUUGUUUUAUGCCACAUUUAACCUCCUAAGACCUGGAUGUCACAUAUGUGGACAUCAAUGUUUUUGUUGUUUGCACCAUAAUACUUAAUUCUGUGUAACUGGAACCUGUUAUACACAAACAUGGACAAAUACACUGCUUCAUGUUCUAAGAAAAAUAUUUGGUUAUUAUAUUUAUUGGUUCCCCAAAAUAGCUGGUAAAAAUCUGAAAAAAAAGUCAAACCAAAGCUCGGGUUCAGGAGGUUAAUUUAGGCUUCAUGUUAUCUGACCGAUGAUAGGAGAUUGUUGCAUAAAAUUGGUUUGGGCAGAAAAAAUAAUUUUGGUAGUGGAAACAUUUUUUAGAUCUUUUCCUCUCAUCUCAUAUUUUGUCCACCACCAUGACCCUUUAGUCUCUGUGGUGGUUCUUCAUCAGUCAACAUGUCUAAUGUCCUUUAAUGUGUUUGGGAAUUAAUAUUAAGUAGUGUUUAGUGAAUUUAACCCUGCAGUAAACCCAGCAAUAUGUAACUCUGUUGAUGCUUUAACUGCUGUAAGGGAUGAGGGAUUAUUAGCUAACUUAAUGUCUGUUUUUGCCUGUGUUUAACUAUUUGAUAUGUGUGAAGGAUUUUGAGCAAUGAAAAACCUUUCGUAUGUAUCAUGCAUUAAAAUAUAUGACCUUUGAUGCUUUUUGAUGAUUUAAAUAAAAUCUCCAUACAAUCUGAGCAUGUCUGUGUUUUACUCUCGACUAAUAGUCUCUUCUUUUAACAUUACUGUUAAUUAACAUAGCGCCAUCUAGUGGUUGUAAAUGAAUAACACAAUAGGUCUAAAUAUAUUAAUACAAAAUAGCAUCUAUACAUACUGUAAAAUACAUUUUAAAAAGUAGUAAUAAGCAUUAAGACAUAUUAAAGAGAUUUUAUUCAUAUAUAUAUCUACAAUAAAAAGUCCAAACGUUGUAAAUAGUUUUAAUUAAACAACACAGGGGACAUAAAUAUAUAUAUAACUCAUCACAGUUGAACCGUAAACAGAACAAAGUCAUUAAACUCCAUGACAACCAUACUGUAGAACACAUCGUUGUCAUAGAGACAUUAUGACAUCACAAUCGGUGCCUAUAAAACGCUCAGCCAGAUGAAACUGGUAUCAUUUGACUGAUCUGAACGCUUGCCUUUGGUUGACUCCGAACGCUACUGUACAGAUUAUCAAGUGAAUUUGCAGACUUUCCAAAAGUUCGCAACUUUAAACUGCUUGACGCACUGUGUACGGACAGACAGUUUACUUAGAUUUCAACCCUCUGUGAACCGAGUCUAAGCACAGUUAAGUCUGCAGUUAUCUUUUCACAUCAUGUUUCGUCCUGUAACACCAUUGUCCGACAAGGACAUGGAAGGAGCUGAUGUUGAAAAUAUGGAUUUUAAUCUGCCGAAUGCUGUGCCGAACUUUGACUAUGUCCCUGAUUUCGGACUUUCGUCACAAGUCGGGCGCGCUGCCGGUUCUUUAAAUCCAUUUGAAGGAGGAGAGGAGGAGGAGGAGAUGGUGGAUGUUUAUCCAACACAUGAGGCGAAACGCCAAAAAGUGUUGGGAUGGAGAUGUGAUGAUGGUGGAAUGGAUUUUGUCCUACCAAGUGCGGUCCCUGACAUUGUCCCGAACAACGGACAUUUGUUAGAGAGACGCGCCGGGAGUUCACAUCCACGAGGAGGAGUAAAGGAGUUUACUCCUGCAUUUGAGGAGGCGAACAGCCCCACAGAAAAAUGCGAGAAUAAAGUCUUGAAAUCAUUAAAGAAGGCAUGGAAGACUGUAAGGCGCCCAUUCCUUCAUAAUGAUAAAGUGGAAACACUGAUUCCUUCAGAGCUUAAUGCAGAUUCAGAUAAUCCUAAUGUAAAGGAUGGUGCUGGUCUGGCCAGCUCUGAAUUAAACAAUAAGAUCAAACCGGAAAAACAACGAAUGGCAUUCUUUGACUGUCUCCGGAGGGGCAAGGUGGAGUCAGUGCCGACUCCCCUGCUUAAAGCGGAUCCAGCUAUUCCUGAUGUUAGGGAAGUUGUUGAUCCUGCAUCACAGUCAAAGACCUACGUUGGUCCGAAGAAACAGAAACAAAAGGCUUCAAAGAGCCGCAAAUCUAACCUCCAGGGAGAAAAAGUGACUGUUGUGCCAACUCAACAGCCCAAGGCUAUUUCAGAUAUUCCUGUUGGCAUGGAUGUUCCUGCUCUGGCCGGCCCCCAAUCAAAACCAAAGAUUCGUCCGGAUAAACGCAUGACAUUGACGCAACGCUUCUUUGGAUGCUUCCGGAGGGGCAAAGUGGAGUCGAUGCCGACUUCACAGAUUGAGGCCGAUCCAGCUAUCCCUGAUGCCAGGGAAGUUGUUGAUCUGGCAAAUUCUCAAUCAAAGAGUGUUGGCUUAAAGAAACAAAAACAAAAGGCUUCAAAGAGCCGCUCAUUUCACAACCCUUUUAGAAAAAAAGGGAAGAGUAAAGUGAAAAAAGAUGCCGAUCCAGCUAUUCCUGAUGCCAUGGAUGGUGCGGAUCUGGCCAGUUUUGGUGGCAUCGCUGCAGCCAAUGCCAGGCUACAGACGUUAGGUGCCAUCCCAGAGAAUAUUGGGUCAAAAGAUGUUGGAAAUCUUGAGGCAAAAGGUGGUAAAAAUCCCAGGCCAAAAGCUUUUGGAAAUCUCAGACUUCCUUGGUUUUUUAAUGCAAAAAUAACUAAAAAUCCUGGACCAAAAGAAGAAGGAAAUCCUGGGGCAAAAGAAGAAGGAAAUCCUGGACCAAAAGAAGAAGGAAAUCCUGGACCAAAAGAAGAAGGAAAUCCUGAAGCAAAAGCCCUUGAAAAUCCCAGAAAUCCCUUGUCAGAAGAUGAUAAAGUUGUCAGGCCAAAAGUUAUAGAUGUUGUUCAACAAGCUUCUGAACCGCCAAGCGAGAAGAAACCAGCUGAUCCCUCAGUGCCUAAAGACACUUUAUAUUGUAAAUAUCAAUUCUUGGGGGAUGAAGUGCUUGGGAAAGGUUGCUUUGGCAAAGUGUGCAAAGGGAUCCGUAUAUCGGAUGGCACUCCGGUUGCCAUCAAGCAAAUAAGCAAACGAAAGAAUGAAAGGACUCUUCAGAUUCCUGGAUACCCCAAACCACUUAUUACAGAAGUGGCGCUGCUGCUUAAGUUAGGAGAAGCGCCCUCAUGCCCCAAUGUCAUACAGAUGUAUGACUGGUACGAGACUAAACACUUUUACACGCUCGUGUUGGAGUACCCACUGCACAGCGAAUCCUUGUUGCAUUUUGUUACAAAUCAUGGAAGACUAAGUGAAAAUACAGCAAGACAUCUCAUGCGUCAGGCGGUACUGGCAGUGCAACACUGUCUGGAUAAUGGAGUUUUCCACACCGACAUCCAUCCCGGAAACUUCUUAGUGCAGCAAUCUACAAUGAGCCUGAAGUUAAUUGACUUUGGGGCUGGACAUUAUCUGACGCAUGAUGAUGUCUGUGAUUCCUGUGACUUUAGGGGAGCUCUAUGUUGCACCCCGCCUGAGAUCUACACGGUUCAGAAAUUCCACGCCGUGCCAGCAAACGUCUGGGCCUUAGGUUCUGUGCUGUACUUCAUGGUGCUUGCAUCUUUCCCAAGUGCUUUAUACGAAUUUAAUUCCAGGAAUCUGAAGACAAUUGAGAAGGAUUUAUCAAAGGAAAUCUGUGAUCUGUUAAGUGGUUGCCUGGCCCUGAAUCCAAGUGAUCGUCCGACGCUCAAGCAGAUCUUAGAUCAUGACUGGUUUAAAACUGAGUCUGAUGAAGAAGAGCUACUCGUAUACAAAAUGAGAGCACUAUCCACAGAAAAUAAAAAGGAUGAAGCUGAAUGACUGAAGAAGAGGGGAAUGAUUGGAGAUGCUGUUUUCAUCAUCCUGAGACAUAUGGAGUUUGCUAAUCAUGUUUACGGAUAAAUAAGUUUCUAUAACCAUAAAGCGAGAAUAGCACAGACAUUUAUAGGGCCACAAUUUCUCAGGAGGAACACAUUUUUGCACACUUUCUGCAUAAUGUUUUAUUUCAGCCUCAGUCGUCAUGACCACAGACCGCUGGCUGAAUGUCUGAUGCAGAUCCUGUCUCAUCCUUGAACACAUUAAAAAAAAAAUUUUAAUUCUUAAAGUGA